GCUUUCAACUGCGGGUGCUUGACUCACUUCACCUGUGUGUAUUUCUAGCUAUUUGCUAAAACUCUAUCUGUCUGUCUGUCUGCCAACAUGCUGGUUCGGGCUCUCCUGCAGACCUCACUGGUCCUGUGGCUGGUACAGAGCACCAUACAAGGAGGAGUUAGGCCGCAGACUGGAUCCCUGGGAAGACUGGCUAGUAGAGGUCCUGGUGUCGGUGUAAAGUCUGGAGUGGCUGGUAUCCUUGGAGCUCGUGGCUAUGGGGCAGGCAAGCCAGGAAAGACAGGUGCUGGCCGUUAUCUUGGAGGGGCAGCAUACAGACCCGCUCCGAUCAGAGGAGGCCUGAAACAAGGAUAUGGAACGCUCGGUUAUGGAGGAGCUGCAAACCUUGGAACUGGCCUCGGGACUGGCCUCGGGACCGGCCUCGGGACCGGCCUCGGGACCGGCCUUGGGACUGCCGGGCUGGGACUCGGUGCAGGGUAUGGCCUAGGCAACGGGCUCGGAGCAGCCAUAGGUUAUCCAGCAGGGAAGCUUGGAGGAAGAGGUUACACCAGUAAUGGCUAUGGAGCACAGCUAGGUUACGGUGCAGGAGGAUACCCCGCCGCUGGACGCGGCGCUGCAGGAGGGUAUGCGCCUACAGGACAAGCUUCUCAACCGGGAUAUGGUGUAUUUGCUGGCACACCCACAGGGCAAGGCUCAAAAGCAUCAAAACUGGGUGUUGGGCCUAGAGGUGGCCAGCCCAUGUCACAGCAAGAGAGGGGCGAUGGUUACAGUCGCGGAGGGGUCCCUAAUGGACAGGGUGCUAUAGCCAAUGGUAAAACUCAUCCCAGAUGUUUCCCAUCAGGACCAGGAGUGACCAAUGGAAUGAGAGCUCAAAUUAAGGGAUAUGGUCCAGCAGCAGAUAUGAUUAAUGCACAAGGAAUUACAAACAAUGGGCCAGUUUUGCCCAACGGACAGGGCGCCAAACCAUCCAAUAAUGGAUAUGGCCUUGGUGCUGCUGGCUAUCUUGGAGCUGGUUUGACUGACGGUUAUGGAGCAGGUCUUGGGGCCGGUGGAUAUCCACAGGGAGUUCGAGCGGGAAAGCAGAUUGCAGGCUACAGCAAUGGAUAUGGCAGUGAGGUUUAUGGCACAGCGGACGGUUAUGGGGCAGGACCUGCCUACCCAUCAAUGUUAGCUGAUAAUGGGCUGAACGGUGUAGCUGGUCUUGCUGCUGGAAGCUUUGGAGGCCUUGGAGGUCCAGGGAUGGUGGUGAACCCCGGCCUGGGUGCUGAUGCCAAGUCUAGAAAGUAUGGGGCUGGUGGAGUUCUUGGAGCUGCCGGAUCCUUGCCUUACGGUGGCCAGCCUGUGGUCUCGGCUGGACUUGGCCCUCAAGGCAAGUCUGGUAGUUAUGGCGGAGCUGCAUUCGGAGGAAUACCAACCCUUGGGCCGGAGACUUCUCUGGGUGGUGCAGGUGGAGCAAUGGAGCCUUUAGCAGGUGGAGCUGUAGGCCAGAUUCCUUACAGUGCACCAGUCAUUGCAGCUGGGCUUGAUGUUGAUGCUGGUUAUCCUUUUGGAGCUGAGCAACUCAGUCUGGGCGCUGAUGCCACAAAGACAGCCGCCAAAUAUGGCACAGGCUAUGCAGCUGCACUAAGUGCUGGUGGUCAGGGGCCCUAUGGUGGACAAAAGGAUGGAAGCAAGCUUAGUGGCAUUUAUGGAAAUGGCUACAAAGGUUGAUUUCCAAGGCCAUGCUGUUAACCCCGUCAGUGUUUUUUUUAGCUCCUUUCUGCCUAGUGUUCCUCACCGUUGUGAAGUUUUGUGACAUGUUUUUGUCUGCCAUAUUGUUUUAGUCUUAGUUUUGUGCCCAUUUGUGUGAUUUGUGUGUAUGUGUGGUUGUGUUCCUUGUUUGUGGAUGUUCCCCCAGUCUGUUCAUUUGUCUUGUUCAGUGGAGUGUUUCAUGUCCUUUGUGUGUCUCUGUAUCUAACUAAAACAUGCUAAGCACUUCAUUGGCUGUUAUUUUAAUUCUUAUGAAACACUAAAUAUUACA